AUAGGUUUUUUUUUUCUUACAGCGCCCAUUGUGAGCUACGAUGGGGGAAAAUUUGCUCAUUUGAAGAUGCGUCGUACCGUAAUAGAACCGUUGGCUGAGCCUGUAGACUGAACCAGUUUGCCAUGGUGGAAGAGUACUGCCGCAGCCUGCUGAAAGUGGCUGUAGCCCAGCUGUGUCAGGGGCUUGGCUGGCAUGCCAUACACACCACACCCUGUGACCUCUUGACUGAUGUGCUGCAGAGGUAUCUAGAGCACUUGGCUCGACACUCCCAUCGCUACGCUGAGCAGUAUGGGCGCACCGACCCCAAUCUGGAUGAUGUCGGCUUGGCCUUCUCCCACAUGCAAGUCCGCCUCAACGAGCUGGAGACCUACCUCAAGGAGGUGGAGCCCAUCCCGUUUGCCCACCCACUCCCGACCUUCCCCGUUCCCAAGAAGAACAACCUGCAGAUCCCGCAACCCGGGAGCCGAGAUUGUCGCGAGAGGCUGGAGUACAUUCCUGAGCACAUGCCGCCCCUGGUGGACAUCGCAGGAGAGUUUGGUGAGGGGCUCGAUGCAAUGGACGUCUCGCAUUCUUCCCGGGCUUCUCUUGAUGGCGACAGCUACGAGCCCCACACUCCCCUCUUGAGCCCCACGUCUCCUCGCGGUGAAAAGCGUGAACUGUUAAGCCCCUCCACGGACUAUUUUGCAUUCAAGAGGCUCCGAAUGAUGGAGGACGGCAACCCCCGGGAGCUGACGGCCCUGUCGAUGGGUGUCAAUGGCGAGAUCACUCCUAAGCGGGAGGGUCGGCUACCUGUUGCCACCACACCGCCCCAGAAGCAGCUGUUGGAGAGACGGGGCAGUGUAACCACCGUUCCCCUCUCGAGGACGGAUUCCAAGCCCGACGGGCUGCUUACCAAAGUUCCCAAGUCGCCUUCAUCCAGCCUGGGCACAGACACCAAAGUCUCCAAGGGCAAAGGGAUCACCCCACCCAAGCCCAAGCCCAAAUCCCCCAAGCACCUGUUCUUCUCACCGGGGGGCACCCCCUCGGUGUUUCAGGUGAAGCCCAAGAGCCCGGCGGUGGUCAUCAUGGACAAAGUCAAAGAGUUGAUGCCCUCGGGUAGCAAGAACAUCAAGGUUGUGGGACCAAAUAUUGGGACAUUGCUAAUUACCACAAAGAAGAAUGUGGAGACUCCUGCUCUCCCUGCUGGCAAGAACAGUGAUGACAAUGACAAGAGUCCUAGCCCAAAGAAGCCAUCCGCUUUGGAUGUUUAUGACUUUGAGGACGAGGACACUAAGCCCAGACCCUCCAAGACCUUUGACCCUUGUGGGGAGUUGCCAGACCCUUCCAAAGCUGUAUUGCCCUCGGCGACUUUGAUAAGGGACGAGGAGGAGGAAGUGUUGGCUAGUGCGGCCAGCAUCGAGGACACGAUUGAGUCGGUUAUCUCCAAGAUGGCCCGGGGUGGUGUCUCUAGCAAAUCCAGCAAGAAGAACGGCAAAGAUGGUGACAGAGAGAGAGCCAAGGAAAAGGGAAAGGAUAAAAGCAAGGACCGAGGCAAAGACAAGAGCGUCGAGAAGGGUAAGGGGGGACUCCUGGACAUGGCCAACAAGAGUAACCAGGAGAAGUCCAGCGGCAAGGGACACUCCCUGCCACCAAAGCUGCUGUUCAAAAAUGCCUGGCGGGAGAGCGAGGGGGCCAUCACGUCCGCCAUCAAGGUGGGGACGUCGCCCGGACUUGCCCCGAAACUCCUCAUCAAAACGGCCGACCCCAAGGACAAGAGCAAGGACAAGAAGGACCACAAGCUGAAGAAGUCGGGCGAUGAGAAGUCCUCCUCGGGCAAGGAGUCCAAGAAGGAGCGGUCCAAGCGGAAGAAGGAGCAGCUGAAGAAGGAGAAGCUGAAGAAGAAGAAAUUAGAGAAGAAGCGGCGGAUGCGGGAGCUGGCCUCCAAGGCGGCCAGCUCGUCCAGCGGGGAGGCCCAGGCGGACCCCCUGAAGCAGCCCACCAUCGCCAAGCUGAACAUCAUCACCACCAAUCCCAAGUCGUUAAAGGUCCGAGUGGUCUCCCAGUCGGACAGCCCCGCCAGCAGUCCGGGCCGAGACAAGUCCAGCGGGAAGCUGCAGAAGGACAAGGCUUGCCUGAAGAAGAAGAGGAAGGAGAAGGAACGCAAGGCAAAGAUCAAGGCGGCCAAGGACUCCCUCAAGAAGGCAAAGCAGAAGGAAGGAACCAAGAAUCCAAAAAAGAAGGAAGAGGGAGCUCAAAACCCCUCAGAGGAACCACCCGAAAAAGUGGCCAAGUUGACUGUACCCAAACUGAUGCUGAAGAUUGGAUCUGCAUCCUCAAGUGGAGAGACUACAAAAAUAAUCAUUAAAAAACAGCCUGAGAAGCCAAAGCCGCCGCCACUGAGAGUCCGCACUCCGUCACCAUCCUCUUCAUCCUCUUCGUCCUCUCCAUCACCUUCCCCUUCACCGCCACCCCGGCGAAAAUCCCCAUCUCCCUCCCCUCCACCCCGUUCUCCUUCCCCUUCCCCGUGCCCCAGCCCCUCCCCUGUCUCGCCUGUCCCCACUAACCCUCCGCCGAAAAAGACGCCCGCGGCUAAGAAGGCACCUCCUUCCAAGAGGGCUUCGCACCAGAAGAAGGCGCCUGCUGCCUCCCCUCCGGGCUCGCCCCCCUUGGUGCCUGCGAAGCCCCACUCCGUGCCCAAGUCCCCCCCGUCCCCACCCAGGUCGCCCCCACCUCCCAAGGUGGCAGUGACCGUACCCCCAGUCAGGAAGGCAGCUUCCAAGGCCUUCUCUGCCAUCGCCAAGCCCACCAAGGUGGCCCAGCCGGUCUCGCCCGGUGCUGCUCAACCCCAGGCACCAUUUAAGGGUAUAUCGGUGCCAACAAAAGCAUCCCUGAAGGCCCCAGUAGAGAAACCAUCCACGUCCAAAGGAAGCAAAGCAUCCCAGAAGGCACCAGCCACACCGCCCCCUAGUGGUGGGACUGCACAACGCAGCGUCAUCCUCGAGACUGUUGGAACUGUUAUGAGCGAUACAGGAGAGAAGAUCUGGAUAUGUCCCAACUGCAAGCUGCCUGAUGACGGCAGCGCAAUGAUCGGCUGUGAUACCUGCGAUGACUGGUACCACUGGCCAUGUGUCGGAAUCAAGGAAGAACCCAAGGAGGAUAACUGGUACUGUCCACGAUGCCGGGUACCCAAGAAGAAGAAAGGCAAAAAGAAAUACCGAUAGCCAGCGGGACUGUCACAACAGCCUCGUGAACGUGUUGCUCUCAAGUUCUUCUCAAUCUUAAUCUUCACAGAUCCUUCAAACAUCAUUCAGACGGUUGCUGAAGGAUAUUUACACAUUUUUACACUUGGCUGGACACCUCUAGAAACUUCUUGAAAGGUUCCCCAGGUUAACAGGAAAAGUGCCGAGGGAAUUAGGAUUAAUUAGUGCGACCGUGAGAGUAGGGAACUUUACUUGAACGAGUAGAGGAACAACUUUUUGCAGUUGUCAGGUGCAUUUUUGUGAAUAUGAGUACUAAAUCACUGACUGCAUGCACUUGUAUGAAAUCUUUUUUUUUUUGUUGGAAUGGUAGCCAUUGCCGAAGUGUAUCCAAAGGAUCAUAUCUCAUUUCUCUUUAGCUAUUUCUGUCAAAGAUAGGCCAUAUCACUUGUGACGUACAUCGACCGUGCUGGUCAUCUGUUGGUUGCUGCAACCACAGUUUCAUUAUCCUGGAACAAGUCUACUCAAGAACUCCAGUUCACCAUGCCAUAUCACAACUAAGUAGUGCAGUGUUCAAGCCACUGUAGUUGAUUGCGAGACGGGUAUAGUGAACUAUUUUGGACACUCGUUUUGCAGUUGGUCGCUUCGUGGCGUGUACGGCAGGGAGCCAGACCUGUGGAGUUUGGGGUGACCAUUGACCCUUUAGGACUAGGGGUCAUUGGCACCUAUCUAAAUGGUGUACAAACUAGCCGCUUAUCGACUGGAGGUCCUUUUCAAAGUUUUUUUCAUGGAUUUUUAUUGAAGUUAAUUUAUGCAUUUGCCCACUUCACUUAUCAAUACUUAACACUGUAACACAAAAUCUAACACUGUACCUGACAAACUGGUUAGUCAAGUAAACAGUAUUCCCUCCAGCUUUUCAGUAGAGUGCCCUCGUUGGGUCAGGAAUGUGGACAGUCACCUUUCUGGAGUGCUUUACUUAUAGUGUGUCCCGAGGCCUGAUGAGGUACGCAUCACGUAGGAUUGCACUCAGGUGUGGGGGAUAAUUUAGAAAAUAUCCAAACACAGGCCAAGUUGACCAUUUGUCAACUGCAGGAGAAGUUUACCAGGCUAUGUGUUACAUAAAAUAUAUUCUGGGUACCAGGCAAAAUCGGCCAUUGGGUGCCAAAUGAUUGCGUAUGGAACUUGGCAGCGGCUGCUUUACAAUUUACAUGUAUUUAUCUGUGUUGCUGUCAAGGCACUUACGAAUGGAACUUGAUUACGACAUAAUUACAUAGACACAGAAAGGUACGGCAGACACUACCCCAGAAUGCUCGUCACUAAUCUUUCUGGUGAACUAGCCUGGUACGGAAGUCUCUUAAAUUCUUCCCUGUCUUUUCUUUUUGUAGUCUCAAGGAUAUGCGCAGUUUCAGUUGAAAUCUUGCCGCAUACCCACAAGCACUUUUUCAACAAUUUGUGCAGUGUUCACUGUCACCUGUUACGCCCAGGCUUCUUUUUCGUGGAAUCCGCAACAUCCCGUGAAAGGCUUGUACAAAAACAUGGACAAGUUUCUCUUACACAUUUCAAAUAUGGGUAAUGGAUUCAGGUUAGCCUAAUUGGAUGAGAAUCCAGUUGAACUUGUAAAGAGUUUCAGCGGCACCAGCAAAGGAAUCCUUGAUAUGAUUUGAAAAAGUUUGGUCCUACCUGAUACCUAAGAAAUGUUGUUCUGCCAAGCAUAUUAUAUAUCCAAAGCAUUGUUAACAUCCCACGUUUUUAAGUUGACAGUUCAUCCCUUUCUGACUUCUCAUAAUGAGACCCAGUCUAACUACAGAACCCACGAAAAGGUGUGAAAAACCCGCUCAGGGCAACAGCACCAUUGGAACCGAAAGCAGCACAACGUCACUGUAUUAGCCAAUGGGUGCUCAUAAUUAGUGGAGUGUUUUUUUGUAUGUGAUGCAGUCACUUAUGAAUUGGAUUCAGGGAAAUUUUCAUCACUCUCUGGAUUUUUCUCUGAAAUGAAUUCAGGAAAUGUGGUUGUUAACAUUCUUCUCAAUGUUUCAAGGAUUGAAAACACCUAUUGCCCAAUGUGGAUCAAGUGAUGAGCACACAAACUUCACUUGUGGUUGAAAAUGUCAAAAAUAAUUUCCCACUUAUUAUAUAAGUUUGAAGUUUAAAAAUGCGAAGUGACACUUUUGUUUACAUCAUGAAUACCAGAAAGACAGCUUUCAAGUUGUGUCAAAUGGUUUGCUCCCUCUCUUCUUUUGUAAAUACUUUGAAUUGUGUACGUAUUUUAUCAGAAUUGUGUCUUGAAUGAUGAUAUUUCCUAUAACAUUCAAAUAUUUGUGUUUUGAAUGCUCAAUGAACUGCCUGUCAGUCUCAAAUUUUAAAAUGCCAGUCAGCUUGUGUCUAAUGGUAUUGUGAAUUGGACUAUAAAUACCGUUUGCAAAACUGGUGAUUUUUUUCAAAGAAACUUUCAGUCUGUGUAAUCUUAAAUCACUAUUGAUGGUGAAAUGACAUCAGAAAUAAAAAGCAUGAUUUGUACAGAUCUGUUA